UGAGAGCCAUACCUAAUGAAGAGCAACUCUCUAUUGAUCAAAUACAAAGUAAUUAUGUUUAUGGCAAUAUCAAACAUGCAGUUAAUGUGUAUGUUAAGAUGUUUACAAAUAGCCCGUUUCUACUAUGUAUGGAUUUGGCUCAUUCUCAAGAAGUAGUAGUAGAUCCUAAGUAUUUGUGGGUUGGUCCAGAUGGAAGAAAUUUAGAAGGACAACUGCACGUGAAUCUUACAGAAACAGGAAAGCUGAUGGUGAUGAGUUUUAAGGAGUUUAUGUCUGGAGCCUACACUUGCACUCUUUCUCACAAAAUCCUAGAAACUACGACACGAGAAGAGAGAAAAGUGUUUGAGACAUAUAAAUUUAUGGUAUACGCAUACAGGGAAGCUGACCUCGCAUACCAGGUAUUUGUUCGCUUUACUACAGAGGAAUGCGAUUUGGCAGCAAACGACCAGUUCUUUGGGGAGCUAACGAAAAUCUUGAAUAACAUCAUCUCUGAUCUGACGUGCCAGAUCGUAGAGUCGUCCUACACAUGCCAUUCUGUCAAGAUGCCAAAACAAGGCCUCCUGCACCAACUCUUUGUUAGUUUUCAAGUCAAUCCUUUUGCACCAGGAUGGGAAGAAGCUUGCCAUGAGGUUCCUUACGAUUGCGAAGACUUGACAAAUGCGAGAGUUCACGAGGCAAGAGGUCGAAUUGGAGAGUUUUUCGACAAGCAGACGUAUGCCUUGAGGCACCAGUUCAAAACUCUUCCUAAAAUACACUACAUAGAGAACAGUUUCUCCGUUAUUCACAUUGACAGUUGUCGACCGGGUUUUGGGAAGAACGAUCUCACCCACAAGAACUGUGCCAGUUGCUGUGUGGUUUGCGAUCCCGGAACUUACAGUCCUAACAACGACGUGACCUGCCAGAUUUGUCCAAAGCCUCAAGUCAGAACGUACGGAGCAAGAUCUUGCUAA